AUGGCGAAGCCUCGGAAGCAGAAGGCGGGAGAGCAGCCGAGCAAGCCCGCAGGCAGUUCUGCGGCGGCGGGGACUGUUCGCCACCAGAAAAUCUGUCUGUCCGUCGACAUGGAGAGGCGCAUGAUCUACGGGUAAGUGAGAGCUCGCCCCUCCCCCGAGCUCCCGGCUCAUUUCUAUCUUCUUCCUACUAAUCUGGAGCGGCGGGGCGAGGGCUCUGUUUGGAGUUUAUUCUGGCUCGUCGUUUGCUCUCGCGAAAUUAGGGAACUGUAUGGCUCUAUUCGUGGACCAGGGAGAGAUAGUGUUGUCCGCAGAAGAAAAUGAACCUUUACUCUCAUUCAUAGCAUUGGCUGGAGGACGCUUAUUCAUACAUCGCAAGUUUCGCACAUCUUCUCGGCAUUUGGAGUUCCUUAUUUCCCCUUCUUCGCAAAAGAUAUUGUGGAGAAUUGAUUAAAGUACUGAAGGACACUAACUUUGAGAAAGAAUGUUGAAUUUUUUUCUGCGGGAUAUCAUCCUCAAAGACAGAGGAUCGACUGGGAUGGGAUGAUGGUGGUUGCCGAUGGGAAGCAUUACAUGGAGUGGAUCCUGUAGGGUUUCCCUGCAACCUCUGUCUUUCAUUCAAAUAUCUUUCCUGAAAAAUUUCCCUGCCACCUCAAAUUGGUGUUCAGACCCAGGCUUCUGGCUGAAGAUGGGUGUUCCAAGAUCUAGUUUCAUUGAUCAUCUAACCAAAGACCAAAGGAAGGUAGAUGACCAAAUAGUCCUCUCUGGCAUCCUUGACAAGGCAUAUGUUCCUCCCUUCUUGGGACGUUGUUCAUAUGCUACUCUAUCUAUCAAGUGCCGUUCUAAAUUCGAAAUGUCCAUGAUUGUCACCUCACGGGCUCAUUAAGCGAGGGGCCAUCGGCCCUGACUGCCCACUGAAUCCACUAGCGAUCGAGCACGCCCCAAGCCGAUUGCAGCUCCCCUAGAGCCUUCACCUGACGUGGCAGUUCGAUUCCCAACAUUGACGCCAGGAUUGCCAAUGAGCAACGUUCCUUUUAGGCCUAUAUUCUGUCUCGGUUAGAAUGAUGGCUCUGCUGCAUGAGUGGACAUUCAAUUCUGUCUUCAAGUUGGUGAUUUUUUUUCCAACAACAUCCCACAAGGUCAAUCAGCUUUUCAUCGUUUUCCUGGCAAGGGCACGGAAGAGAUGGCGAAUAUGAGUAGAAGAGUCUCAAAUCUCCUGAGAAGGAAAAGCUUCUCAUAGCCGUAAUUGAAGUUAUGCUGCCCUCCUUGUAGAUUCACAACCUCCUUUGCACAUCCUGGAUGAAUCACCGAAUGUCAAUCUAGAUCAGCAAGCGUCUUGUUAGACGGGCACAUUGAUAAGAGUGUACUUUUUAGAAAUUCUUAAGCCGGUGGACGAAUUUUGAUCAGAGUCUAAGUGUGGGAAGAGAGGGAGCUGCAAGUAUGUUGGAGACCUGUUGUGAACGUUGGUUAAAAGAUUGAGGGGGUGGGGGAGGGGUGGCUUCCUUUCAAUUAUAUGGAACAUUCUUGGGCAUGUGCGAGGCAAUACUAAGUUUUCUUCUGUUCGCAUCAUAUCUUACGUGGAAACUUGACUUUUUCCUCUUACUGAUUUUUGUGUCACAAGAGUGGCCUGAUGUCAGAUGGGAAAGAUCGUGUUUGUUGAAGUGAACAAUACUAUAAUUUGGGUAUGACAUCUACCUCUAUGUUGUACUCUAGAAUAAAUCGAUCUUGUCUGGGUCGCUGGCCUGAGGGACAGUAAAACAUAAAAGAGAGUUAUGGUUGGCACAUUGCCCUUAUUCAAGAACUACAAUGCAAAUGGUUCUGCCCUUCACCCUUUGUGUACUUCCAGCAGCCUUCGAUACUAAAGUAGCAAAAAUUGGAAGUACUCUGUUGAACAUGUGAAAUUGGGGACAGUAGGCUAUGUCGUACGUAGACACAAUGUCAUGGCUUUGGUAAGGGAUCCCCUGUAUAUUUUACUCUUUUCUGUGUUGAUUAUUUGUUGAAUCUGCUUCUUGUAUCAUGUAGUCAGGUAUGUGCCACAUGGUAGUUUCUGUACUCAGUUUCAUUCAUGAGUUUAUUGGUGUGUUAACUACGACACUUGUUGAAUGAUCUCAAUGUUUCUUUGUUCACUAGGCACACAGAAAUGGAAAUCCGUUUUCCUGAGAGUGAAGUUAUUGGUUUGAAUGCUGUCAAUAUGACCAUUGGGAGUAUCUCUGUGAAUGGCGAAUCAGCCGACUUUGAAUUUUUUGAACUUUCUUCACAAAUUGAAGACGGGGAAAGAAGGUUUUCAGUAUCAUGCUGCACCACUGCUGCUGAUGCUGCCUGUUCGACAUACAUUUCAUCUCUUGACAAAGAAAUGUUGCCUAAUUUGUUCAUUUCAUGUCGUAAGACAGAGAAUUCACUGAAUGAUCAAAACAACCUAGCAAAUGGUGGUGGGAAAUUGCAAAAUACAGAAGACCACAAUAGUAUUCCUAAUGGUCAUCUUGACCAUGAUUUGCACCAGGUGAUAACAGAAAGUGGCAGAUGCCUCCUUUAGUCAUUCUACUCUUGAAUUUUGUUGCAGUAGAAUUCAAGGAAAUGGUUCAUGCAUUUGGUUUCUCAUGUAGGCUGAUAUUGGUGCAGAAUGUCAAAUUAGUUCGCAUAAACUAUCAAGUAGAUGUGAAUGAAAGUUGCAUUCACUUUGAGAGCAAUCUGCUGUGUACAGAAAACCAGAUAAGACGAGCACGCUGCUGGUUCCCUUGUAUGGAUAGUAGUUCUCAGUGCUCUUGGUAUGUUUACUAUAUUCUUCAUUUUAUGUGGAAUAUUUUCACGUAUAUUUUAUUUUUAUUUAAUUUUAAUAUGCUUUUCAUAUUCAUUUUCUUAUAAUUUUGAUAUCCAGCUAUGAUCUAGAGUUUACGGUUGAUUCAAACCUUGUGGCUGUCAGCAAUGGGGACCUACUCUACCAGGUCCGAGUCAAUUGGAAAAAGUUUAUUUCUUCUUUUUUUGAUAUGUUACUGUGAGGUAUGAUCUUAAACGUUAUGGCAUAAUACGUGGAUAUAACUUAUCAUGGAUGUGGAAGUUUUGAGACUUGGGGAUUUGAAUGAAAUAAUUUAGUGGCUAUUGCAUCCAAAACUGUAAGAUCCCAAAACCUUGAUACGUGGCCUAUUUCGGAUCAGAACUGCAGUUCCUGAACCAGCAAAUUCACUGUUUUAUAUGUGAUACUUUAAGAGCAUGGAUUGAAAACCUUUAACGGGGUAAAUGGUAGGAAAUUGUCAUUUUUGAUAGAUGGGCAAUUCAGCCUUCACCAACUUACUUGUUCAAGGUUCUGUUACAAUUAUUUAUAAAGAACAUCCUGUUAUGCGAUUUCAAAUUUAGUGAAUUUGUGGCGCCAUCCAUUUGUCAAGAAAAUAUUCUCAUGAAGGUACCAAAAAUGUUUCUUCGUAAGGAAAUCACAUAAGAUCUUGUUAAGGCUAAUUUUUAAAAAUCAAAUUAAAAAUUUAAGGAUGAAGUGUUGACGUCACAUUCAAAAAUUAGGAUGCUUUUUUUAUUCAAUUUAUACAUGUAUGAGAAUAUCAAACAAAUCUAUUUUGUGCGAAAUAAAAUGUACAUGGUACAUAAGAUCAAGAAAUCUAGGUUUCAUUUGGUCACUGCGCUUUCUUGCACAAGUCCAACAACAAUAGGUCAAAAAAUUGCUUUUCUUAGUAUUUAUUAAGGUAUGACAAACCCUAAUAAUGAGAUGAUUGAUUUGUUGUUGUCAUUAAAUGUUAAAUGAAUCGUGUAUCUUCGAAGGUUCCUUUUGGCAUUGUCAAGGUUUCCCUUCUUUCAUAUCAAUAGUUCAUCAGAAGUUUGCCAAUAUUCUAUAUAGUGAAAAUUGAACAUUUCAUUCUACCAGAUCAUUUGACACAUACAAUUGUGUGACUGGUUUCUUAGAUAGAUGCUGAUGUCAUAAUUGUCGUACAAUGCUGGUUCAUUCUACCAAAUAUUUUAACAUAUCCAAAAUAUAACCCGCUAGGUUUGGAAAUUGUGACCUGUACUCUUUUGUCAACUGACACCAACUUGGCAUGCAUGUUUCCUAAACCCUUCAGCUGAGGAUAGAAGUUAUCCAAAAUGCUGAAAGAAGGAAUACGCUGUACAUGCUAUCUCUCUGUUUGAUAUUUGGAAUUGCUUUAAUUUCUUUGAUAGCUAAUCCUAGAAAUGUAGUUUUUUCCGCUUAAAUACUAACAUUCUCUGGUUACAUCCACUAUGAUUAUUUGCAGGUCUUGAGCAAAGAUGAUCCUUUGAGAAAAACGUACAUUUAUAAGUUAGACAUUCCUGUCAGUGCUGGUUGGAUAUCUUUGGCUGUUGCUCCCUUCGAAAUAUUGGCAGAUUCUCACAAUGCUCUUCUAUCAUACAUGUCUAUGGCCGGAGAUUUUUCGAAACUUAAAAAUACCGUUGGUUUUUUCCACAGUGCAUUCAGGUGAGCUCUCAAAUCACGGACGUUUGCUGAAAAUGUUUCCAUUUUUUUUUUCACUACUAUACUUUUGAGGUGAAGUUAUUCUUUGAAACUGUGCAUGUUUUUUUUACAGCCACUAUGAAGAUUACCUUUCUACAUCUUUCCCAUUUCGGUCAUACAAGCAAGUUUUUGUCCCACCAGAGUCCUCAUUAUCCCCAGCGAACCUGGGUGCUUCCAUGUGUAUAUUCGGUUCUGAUCUGUUAUUUGAUGAAAAGGUUAUAGACGAGGUUGGCAAUUUUUUCUUCUGACUGAAAUAUUCUUUCAUAUGGUGAUUCAAAGUUUUUCUUUCUUCCUUCAUAUUGUAAUGCAUACGCUUGGGUUUCUGUGGAGUAAUUUUCUCUCUAGGAACUUUCUCUUGAUACUUUUCCUUUCCUUUUGUUUGGUGGAAACCUGAUUUAGGCGUUGAAUAUCUGAGAGGCACUUUCAGCUCCACAUCUGACAUGGCUGUUGAAACUAAAAUUAAUGCCAGAACCAGCCACAUGAGCCUGGAUGAUUUUUUCAAAAAUGGAAUGAUCUAAAUCUAAAAAAUAGGGCAAAUGUUAAAUGUUGGAAGCAUAUUUCAUUUGAUCUCUUUUCUGGAUCUCCUUUUUUGCCACCACUUCUUGCAUUUGCUCUGAAAUAAUUGAUAAUACAUGUGUAUCUGUAGGUUUUCAAAAAACUCCCUGUACAUCAAAUGUGUCCUAGACCGAGAUGGUGGAGGCCACAAAAGCAUGUCCAAAAUGACAGAUUCAUCUCCUUCCAUUUUGCCUUAAAUCACUCGCACUCUUUGAUCUUUCCACACACCCAAUUAUAAGCUUUCAUAGCUGAGGACGUUUCUCUUUUAAUAGAUUCUCGUUUCUGUAUGUUAAAAUAGCCCAGAAAGUUGUAGGGAGGGAAAACCACAAACUUCUAUGAUCUUUUAUGUCCAAUGCGUGUUAGCAUGUGUGAUACCUUGUCAACUUGGUUUGGGUAUUGCCAUUGUAAACGUAGUGUAAUGCUUCAUUUAUCAUCUUGCUUUAGUAUUCUUACUGUGUUGACCAACUCCACGUCUAUCAAUGGGCUUUUACAUGUAAUUCAAAAUUGAGCUCCAUACAGUUUUGAGUUACACAUUAAAAAAUGAAUUAAUUUUUUUUCGCUUUGGCAGAAAUCAUCCAUCCUAAUUAAGUUAUUAUUAAAUAAUUACUUUCUUAAAUGUAAAAGUGGCGAGAGAUGAUGAACCACUGUUUAUACCUCGGGGAUCAAGGAAGAAAUAUAGAAUGAUUACAAAACGGCUUCAUGCUUUACAGUUUAGCUUGUUUUUUAUUUUUUGGUCCUCUGUGAUUCACAAAUUCCAAAAUGUGUAGUUGCUUAGAGCGGUGGCCUAUCUAUUGCCCUCCCUUAGAUUUCCUUUGAAAGAAUAUUUGCAUGUAUAUGCCAGAAAAUGGACUGAUCUUGGUCUGGCUCAAGAGCUGACAGUUUUUUCUGCGAGUUUUGCAUUUCCCAUCUUGUCAGUGAACUCUUUAGUUGGUUCAAAGUAUUUGUCUUUAAAACAUCCGAAUCAAGUCUUUGAUAUUUGCAUGCAGACGAUUGAAACCCGAAUCAAACUUGCUUGUGCUCUUGCAAGGCAGUGGUUUGGUGUUUAUAUUAUUGCAGAGACUCCAAAUGAUGGUAAGCUUGCUAAAGAAGCUUAUUCAUUUCAUCAACCAUUAGGUGGACUAUAGGCAACUCCGAGAUCACUACAUGUGCAUUAUUGUCUGCAGAGUGGCUAGUGGAUGGCAUUGCUGGAUUUCUCACCGAUUCAUUUAUCAAGAGGUUUCUUGGAAAUAAUGAAGCCCGCUAUCAUCGCUACAAGGUUUUUUUUAAUAAUCCUAUAGCUCAAGCUUGUCAUUUUUUCACUUUGUAGAUAUCAUGAUGGGUAGGGAGUUAGUUGUUUAGCUGCAGUUGAUUAGCUCUCGUGACAUUUGGCUGAUUUUACUGCUAGGUUUUGUUGUAUCCUAGUUUCCAAGAAAACCCAUGAACAGGAAAACAUUGCUACCCAAUACCUCAGAUAGAUAAUUGUUAAUAACGAGUAAAGUUUGGAUUGAUAUUUAUACUCCAUACAGGCAAACUGCAGUGUUUGUAAGGCAGAUGUUAGUGGUGCAACUGCAUUAAGCUCCUCUGCGGCAACAAAAGAUUUAUAUGGGACUCAUCGUCUUGGUUUGUUUGGGAAAGUUCAUUUGUGGAAAUCUGUAAGUUGGCUAUUUUCUGUCUACCAGUCCCUUUUUUUAAAAUGACCGCUGGUAAAUUUUUGUGCCAUAUUCUUCUCGUCAGGUAGCUAUUCUUCAAAUGCUGGAGAAGCAGAUGGGCCCAGAGUCCUUCCGAAAGGCAAGAGACUUUCUUUUCAAUUUGUUUGUCCGUUGUGGUGCACACUCAACAUUAUUCAGGAAUGGAAUAACAUGAUAGCAUUAUAAAAAAAUUAUAAACAUGAUGCUUAUUAUUUGUCAACAUAUGGAUAAUGCUGGUGCCUUUGGGGCUAGUUCUGUGCUUCAGAAGGUGGUACCAUCUUACAUCUUAAUCUGUCACAAUUUUCAUCUAUCAUUCCUAACAGGAGGCUCAUCUAUAACAAUUUUAUAAUGAUGCUUCUGGUAGCAUUAACAAUUUUCAUAAAAGAAGGCUUAAACUAGAAAGCUUUUUUUGGUGUCAAGUAAUUAUAGCAACCUAAACUUUCGUGACGGUAAGGAAUCUACAAAAUGUCAUUUGACAUUUUUUGGAUAAGUUAUAAUUAUUCAUUGAUUCGGACAAAUCCACCUUGAAAUAGAACCGAUUCAACAAACGAUGAAGGAUUAAGUUAUAUUGCACUAGGAACAAUUUUAUUGAGGCAUGUUUUUUCGUUUUCUUUGUAGUCAUGUGGUUUUUUGUUGGAAGUGUUUUGUAUUAUUUCAUUUGCAUGAAAUGUUUUUUGACUGUGAAAGAAAGUAUAUGUCUGAUUUUCUUUUUCAAAAUUCAGAUUCUGCAGAUAAUUAUUUACAGGGCUCAGGAUCUUGCGCGCCCCCUGAGGACGCUCAGUACAAAGGAGGUGACAACUGUCUGAUGCAAUUCAACAUUCACUUUUUUCCCCUUAUAUUUACAUUUUUUUUUUGUAUGUACUGUCUACUAAGCUGCUGUUCGGUUGUUUUGGACAGUUGACCGAAUAUGCUAUUUUUGCUUUUAUCUACUUAUUUUGUGUAGUAUUCGAUUUUUUGUUUUAAGAUAAUUGUUAUUAUCGUGUCCAUGAAGUCGAAAGUAAUUCAAAACCAUUGGGAAAACUUAUACUCUAAAAUUUUGGCAUCUGUUGUUUUAUAGCUGGAUGAAUCUCAAUAGCGAACUCGUUACAAAAUAAAAUAUUAUUCACCAAAAGGGUGUUUUGACAUCAUUGUAAACCUCCAUAAAGUAAUGUUAUACUCUAAAUCUUCUGAUUGGGGAAGUGUGUUCUCUAUAAAAUUCAUUGACGCAACAAAACAGGUCUCCAUGGUAGCUCUGGGUCAUGAGACUCUCUAUAAAUGGAGAAAGUGAGACUCUAUCCUUUUGUGGAUAUUGAUGGUUUUUUGAACAGAAAUUUGGGCCCACAUUGUACCUACUCUCAUUUUGAUCUGUUGCUUCUCACGUUUAGAUAAAAGUGUCUUUUAAGUUGUCAGCCUUACCAGAUUAUUAGGCUCCAACGCUGCUUUUAAAGGCGCCAUAUCCUAUGAUGGAGUUUAGUAGGAAAAUGCCAGAUCAACGAAAUGUAUGGUGGUUAGAACUGAUUUUAGAAGUUUUAUGAUAGUCUGUGGUGACGGUUGAUGGGAUUUUUUCUGUGAUUGGUCAAGCAGAAAUUCUUCAACUAAUGAUAAGUUUCUGUAGCUCGCUUCGCUGCUUUAAUAAGCAUAUUUGGUUUCUUCAGAUGCUCCUUGCUAUUUGAAGUGUUUUCUGUGAUUUGCUCUGCCAAAUUCUCUUUUUUUUUUUGGUGGGGCAGGUUGUACAUGAUUAAAGCUGUCUCUAAAAUACUCAUCAGAUUAGUUUGUGGUGGUGAUAGCAUACGAAUCACAUAGAUGUUGUGUGAACUGUAUACUUUUGUUGAAUUAUUAUUGAUUUUGCCGUUGGGAUUGUUCGACUCCCAUACAGGCCACCUUAAGCUUUUUUAAGGGCUGAUUUGAUAAGUGGUUAAGCUUAACUAGAUUCACCUAGUCUUGGUUCCAGAUACCAGUUUUACUGGCUUUCAGUCCGAUAAUGCUCUUAAUUUCCGUCAUAUAUUAACUUGGGCUAACCUAGUUUUCACUAAAGCGGCUGAGCUGAAGUUCGUAAUCAGGCUGGGUUUCCACCGUUCGACCCUUUUAGUCGAAUAGCUUAAGCAGCCUAAUCUGAGUUUAUCCAUGACCGGGCCUCAGUUGCUCAGCCAUCCGAGCUUAUCAAGCUCGUAUAAACUGGUCAUUAAACCACCAUUAAGAGUUGAGUGGAUCUAUGCAGAUGAUGUGGACAGAUUUCCAGAAUCAGAGGACAAUAGCCAAGUGGUCAUUGGUGGAUGCACUUACUACUUUCUUAUGGAAAACCUUGUGCGAUGUAAAAUGAAAUGAAGUAUAGGCAUGCCGAAUCAUGGAUUUCAGAGCUAUGUGCAACUCCUCAAGUGCCCAGAAGACUCCCCCCCUACUAUAAUAUGAAGUUACAAUGCGCUGCCUUAAAUUUAAACUUUGGUUUAGUAGGCUUGGGCCAGUGUAGCCACUGGGUCUCAGAGAUCUGGCUCGAGUUAUCCAGGUCAACCCUGUGAGCCAGAUAUGAUGGUUACUCUUUUCAUUCUAGAAGUUCAAUAUUGUGGACUAUGUACCGAUCAUGAAUUGUAGAUUCCGUUUCUAUUCUCAAUAAAAUAGUUUCUUUCCCGUGUUUGAGAAAUUUUUUUUUUUCCCCUUCAGAUGCAGGCAAACUUAUUUUCCAUUUAUACUUCAUAUUUUAUGUUAAAAAACUCAUCGUAUGUGUAUUAUCAUAUGCACAGGAUUAAAAUUUCAAUCCCUAUAAUCUUGGAUCUGGUUAAGGAAAAAUUAACCUUUUUUUCCGCCACCCUACAAGUUUUGCCGUUCGAUUUUCUUUCUUUUUUUUUUUUAUCUAAAUGCUUAUGCCAGGUGAACUAAAACACCCUACUAAUAUUUUAAAAAACUAUUUUUUGUGUGGAUAAUAUAUGACAGUCAAUGACAUUACUGCAAUUUAUUUAUUUAUUUUUUAUUUUCUGGACAUUGUGAUGUGCAGUUCAGACAUCUUGCAAAUAAGGUCGGCAAUUUAGAGAGGCCAUUUUUAAAGGAAUUUUUUCCUCGCUGGGUAGAAUCUUGCGGAUGCCCCAUUUUGUGGUAUGCUUCAUAUAAGCACAACCUGGAGAUGCCUUUUUUAGUAUGUAUUAAUGGGUGCUUUCUUAUGCUUCAUUUUUUUUUUUUAAAUCGAUAAGGAUGGGAUUUUCUUACAAUAAACGACGAAAUAUGAUUGAAAUGGGUGUUGUGCGGGACUCUACUGCCCCAAUCGGUGGCUCCAUUACUGCCGACAAUCCUGGUGCUGAAAAUCGAGAGGGUGGGGCUGGUGGUUGGCCAGGGAUGAUGAGUAUCAGAGUUCACGAACUUGAUGGAGUGUAUGACCAUCCAAGUCUUUCAAUGACUGGAGAAAACUGCCAGCUUCUAGAAAUACAGUGCCACUCAAAACUUGCUGCCAAACGCGUUCAGAAGCCAAAGAAGGGGACAAAACCUGACGGCGCUGAUGAAAACACUGAUGCUGUUGGCUCAAUGGAUGUGCGUGCUUGGUGUGUGGAUUUCUUUCUUCCUUCCUUCCUGCUGUUUAUUUCAUCUCGGUACAUUUUCUUAGUUGCUUCGGGGUUCAUUAAGGUUUAUAACACGUUUUAUGCAGCAUGGAUUCACCGUUGUUAUGGCUCAGAUCGGAUCCAGAAAUGGAAUAUCUUGCUGAAAUCCAUUUCCACCAACCUGUUCAGAUGUGGGUAAGAAAUAUAAUUACUACAUAAUCAUGUAUAGUUCUUGAAGAUUUGACAAUUCGCAUGAGAGCAAUCACAAUCCAUCCACACAUUUUUAUCGCAAGAGAUUGAGUCUAUUUUAGUUUACUUGGAACAUUUACGAAGCAAGUUUGCAAAUAAAUGAAUAAUACUAUUUUUUUUGUCUGUGUAAUCAUUCAAUUACUACUAUUCAAUAGUCUUUGAGUACAUUUUACGAAAUGGGUCUUAUUUAGCUGCCUCGCCAUUGAUUUCUGACAUUGUAGUACUGUUGCCCAUUUUUGCCUUGUAUGAACCUAUGUUCCUCGUCUUAGAGCCAGUCUCCAAUGAAGCAAUAAUUGUGCUGUUAUUUAAUGAGAUGUCUGAAUCAUUUCAUAGGCCUCCUCUAGCACUCGAAGCAUAAAUUUCCUAAUGCUUAUUUCAUGUUCAGUAAAUAAUGUCACCAAACCCUUCGAAUUUUACUUAAUUCUGAUUGAAAUAAUGUCACCAAUUCCUCUAGUUUUUUUGCUUAAUAUUUGAAUCCGCUUCUUUCCCAGAUCAAUCAAAUGGAGAAGGAUAAAGAUGUAGUUGCCCAAUCUCAGGCGAUUGCAAUGCUAGAGGCGCUGCCGCAACAUCCAUUUUCUGUCAUUAAUGCUCUAAAUAAUCUACUCAAUGAUUCAAAGGUCUGUCAUUUUUGCACUCCUAGCGUUUUCUGUGACUUCAGGGAAAUACUAAAUGGUGUUGGUCACGAUGUGUAGGCCUUCUGGAGGGUCAGAAUUGAGGCGGCCAUUGCACUUGCACAAACAGCUUCAGAGGUUUGUCCUUUCUACUAUAAUUCUCCUUGUGCUUGUUUUUGAAGUAAAUGGUGGAAAGAUAGUGUGCUUUUUAUAUAGACAAAGUAUUGUACUUUGGCAUGGAUUCAUUUCUCAUCCCUAAACAUACAGAUUGCUCACGGAUUAAACAUGAGGCUUCUGUCAUGCUAAUUGGGUCAUCUAACCAAUACGAAUGUGAUAUGAGUGCCAUAAAAUUGUAAGUUUGUAUCACGGGAAGUGACCUCGUCAGCUGUUCUAUUUUUGGGUUUUGUCCCCUGAAUAAUGUGAAUGAAGGGUAUGCAACCAAGGAGCAACUAUCGGCUUUUGUUACCAUGUUCAAGUAAAGUGGACAUGUAUUUAAAAAUAAAUAAAUCGAUUCGAACAAAAACGACUAGUUUCCUAAGCAAUAUGGACACCAUCUAAUAGCCUCGAACCGAAUUUCAGGCAAAGUUGUUGGCUGUUUAAUUAAAUAUUGCCUUUAGCAAUACCUGUUCCUUCCCCAAGGGCCUCCCGUUGGAGUGAGAUGUAUAACUGUUGUCAUGUGUUUCAUUCUUCUUCCAUGCACACAGUUUCUGUCAUCUGCUGCAGACAGGAAGUGGGCGACUUAAGUGUUCCAUGGAUGCCUAUAUGAGGCGGAGAUGAGUAGGUUCAAGUAUAUGGCCUGAUAUCUCCGCCGGAUUUCAUGCACAUACUAUGUUCUAGUUCCCUCGAGUUUGGAGCAUAUGCCCUCAUGUCCUAUUCUCCUUCGGACGUGCAUUUUUCUGUAUAAUAAGUAUCAUCCAGACCGCCCCUAGAUGAGCGUUAAAGGAAGCAUAAUAGUUAGGUUAGGGCCUUUUUUUGAACCUAGUGUAGAGCCCUAGUCAACUUUUGACCUCAUGUUCAAACCAUGACCUCGUACUGCUUAGAUCGGAAGUGUUCUAGACUACUUCUCCAUCAUUCUAAAUCUUUCAAUCUUUGGUGGUUGUAAAAUGUUUUUUUCUUUUCUUUUUUUUUUUUUGCGGGGGGCGGGUGGGGGGAUCGUUUGAAGUGUGACCAUAAAAACCAUGCUACGACUGACUAGAAACAUUUUGGCAUUCUGCCACCUUCUUGCGCUCAGCACCGGCAAUGUUUUGGACACCCUACGGCUAUGUUUCUACCAGUAGGACGCCAUAUUCUUGUCACACGUCUUUUGUUUCGAAUGUUUUUUUAAACUAUUCAGUUUUAAAUAUGUCUGCAGCAGCAUCACAAUGUCUCAAUACUGUAACUGAAUGCAAACAAAGUAAAAGAUAGGUACCUGGGUACUAAACUGAAUUCGCUCCAUUCUAAGGUUCCCAGCUCAAUGCUAGAUUGUAACUUGUCACUCGAAAACUGAAAGAAUGGUAUUAGAUCUUAAUUUCUGUGGGAUCUUUAUAUCAUCUCCACAAUUCAUUUCGGGGUAUGCGGAUAAAAAAUCUCAUAAAUGGUAGAUUCUAUUAAGAAAGUCAAACAACGUACCUUGGCAUUUUGGCAAAUGCUUAAUUAUUGGCAUGAACUUUGGUUUCUAGGAUGCAUGAUUGGAAGCUGUCCUGCUGCUGCCGUGCUUGUAAAUGGCAAUGAGAUGUAAUUUGCUCUUUUUUAUCGUUCUUUGAUGGAAUCUUCACGUCAUUUCUGCCUGCGAUUCUUAUUGUUCUAUGAUCUUUCGUUAUUUUUAUGAUCUCAUCAACAAUGCAGGCUCCUUCAAAAAGAAAAACCCUUACUUUCAAACAAAUUUAUGCAUACAUACACUUUUGCUUGCACCUUGUUUGUCACUACAGAACUCUCCAUUUCUGAAAGCAUAUACCACAAUUCAAUCCUAUGUUCAUUUCUGUUGGCAGGACACCGAUUGGACUGGUUUGCUCCAUUUAGUUAAGUUCUACAAGAACCGAAGAUUUGAUCGAGAAAUUUGGCUCCCAAUGUAAGCAGGAGUCCGAAUCUUUCCUGAGAAAAUAUUCUUUUUCCGGUUGUUUGAACAAGUCAGGUAGUGCUCUUGUAUUUCUUUCAUUGGCAGGCCUAAUGACUUCCACGACGUUCCAGAGUACUUUGUCCAAAAGGUAUUGGUUCCCCACCACAAAACUCUCUGCAAUUAAUUAGCUCCUUGAUAUGAUUCCUCCCCCGCAAGAUUGGCCAUGUGAUUGUGCUCUUUCCGUUCUUUGUCAGUUCACAGUGAUUUCAUGCGUGAUUCGUUAUUUGAGCUGUGUUGGAAUCGCAUCCAACAAGGUCCAAAUGCUAGUCAGUCAUUUCAUUCCAUUCCAUUGUUUGCACCAGGCCAUCCCCCAUGCGGUAGCAUUGGCCAGAACAGCGGACGGGAAAAGUCCGAGGGAUGCUGUGGAAUUUAUUCUGCAGCUUCUGAAGGUAAAGGGUCGGAAUAUCUUUUUACUAAUCUUUAUAUUAUUAUCUCUCUCAUGCGUCACAAUAUCUGGGCUUCAUACAGCAGCAUUCGGCCUUCCUUGCCUCAGAAUCUCUCCAAGGUCAUUUUGUCUCUAUUUCUUAGGGGCAAUAUCAUGCCUAUUUUACGCAAUAAACAGUGGCUACUAUUCUAUUUAAAAGCUAUCUUCUACUACUUCUAGGGACCCUUCACUUGAAUAAUACCCUUCCAUGCGAUUCAAUAGUUGUGACGAAUUAUCCUCAACUAUGUUCUCAUGUGAAUGCAUUCGUCUCUUCUCCUCAGUAUAAUGAUAACAGUGGGAACCCUUACUCGGAUGUUUACUGGCUAGCUUCAUUGGUUCAGUCGACCAGUGAGCUUGAUUUUGGGCAGCAGGUUCGUGUGGACUCCUGAACUUUGCUACUCUCUUCUCUGCCAGCGAUCAAUGUUUCCUAAGCUGCGAUAAUCUUCUCUCUGAGCUCAUUACAUCCGUGUGCCUUGAUGUGUAUGCUCCCCCUCUCUCCAUGGGCAGAACAUCGCGCUCUUGUCUCCUCUCCUCAAGCAUAUAGAUCGACUCCUGCUGUUCGACAGGUGCGUUUGGAAAAAUUUCUCUCGUAUGUUGUUCACUUGAUUUGACCUCUGCACUUGGCUUUUCUUCUCGGCAGUCUCAUGCCCAGCCACAACAACAUCUUGACCAUCAGCUGCAUCCGCGCCUUGACGCAGAUCGCGCUCAAGAUGUCGUCCUCUGUUUCUCCUGUGAGCUUCCCCUCCCCCCCCUCAGAUCUGGCAUAAUCCGUCUGUCAUCCCUCUCUAAAAGUGUAUGUUGGUUCCAGGACCGGAUAUCCAGCCUCAUGAGAUCGUUCAGGAACAACCAGAAAGUGCACUGGAAGGUGAGGAUGGAGUCAAGCAAGGCGCUCCUCACUCUCCAGUUCCACUGGAAUGGCCUUGGCGAGGCUCUGUCACUGUUCCUGGAGUUUGUGGCCCAAGAGGCAUCCCUGCGAGGUAUCAUCAUGGUCACCCAACUCUCUCCCUAUAUGGCCCUUUAUUUCCCUUUUGUUCUUACGGGCGAUCUUCCUUUGAUCGCAGGGCAGGUGAAGCUUGCUGCUCAUGCAAUGCGCUUGUGUGAGGUCAAUCCAGAGCCAGAUAGGCGGGAGACUGUGAGCGUCCCCACACUAGUGGCGCUUCUCCAGCUUCUCGAGAGCAGAAAGGCCUACAGUAACGUCUACCUUCGGCACCAUUUAUUCUGCAUGCUGCAGCUUGUGGCUGGGAGGUGAGCGAUUCUGACCUUGUUGACUACUUGUGAUCCUUGUUUUUCUGUCUUCAGUCUGUUGUUGAUUGGAGCAUGAUUGAGGAUGGCUUUGUUGGGUUGGUUGCGAUCCUCAGCAGAUUCAUGUGUUCGAUCUUGAUCUGUUUAUUCUCAUAUGCCAGUCAUAGCGGUACAACCCUGCUUUCUGUGUCACAACAUCUAGAGGUUCCUUUCACACCUAAGAUAGAACUGAGACUACAUCCCAGGCCGCCCUUCUUGGGUGUGACUCGAACUUUGACGCGGAAAUGGUGUGAGUCAAGUGAUUCUCUCCGAUUUUUCUGUUUAUGGGGAGGGAACCGCGGCCAUUGUUUUUCCUACCUUUUAGUUCUACUGCAAGAUUCACCUAAAAUGGAAAGAAAGUAUAUCAUGAAGAUGCAACCCUACCCAGCCACCUCUUCCCUCUCACCUCUGCCAUGUACUGAAACUGGAGCACAAGGAUUUCUUGUAAAGUGGGUGCAUCUUUCUUAUUUUCAGGCGGCCAUCGCUUUAUGGCGCCCCACGAGGCCGACCUCAGACUCUCCAGGAGCACUUGCUCGGCGGUGUGGAAGAGGAGGGUAAGCACAGGAUGAUCACCGCUUUCCUUAGCCUGAGGAUGUCUAAACCGCAGGAAGCUCCCGUGGAUAAAAGGGAGGCCCAGGGCACCCCUGUGGAGGACAAGCAACAGCCCCAGGAGCCGUCGCCUGAGAAGCAGAGACUCGAAGCUCAUGUUCUCGAGACUAGGGCUUCCUCAUCCGAAGCCCGGCCUCCUUCCCAUGUGGCCAGAGAUGUUACCAUCUCUAUUGGUAGUGAGAGAAAGUACCCAGUGGUGAAGAUCAAGGUCAGGCAGCCGACGACUUCUCAUAAGGCUAGCAGCACUGGUCAAGGGGUGGGCCACUCUCUUGGCGGCGGGCGGAAUGAGGCGGAAUUGGGCCCUGCCAGCUCUGUGUCUGUGGAUGCACCAGGACGGGGAUUGGCUGAUGAGCCGGCGAGCACCAGCAUUCAGAACCUUGAGGAAGUGAAUUCCAUUCACGACAGGGGUUCUCGGAUGACGGCGAGCGUCGGCAGUGCGAGACUAGUUAGCAGUGAUGAAGCUGCUAAGGAAUUGCAGUGCACUGCUAUCUCAAGGAUAAGCAUGAUGCCCGAACCUCGGUUGUCCCCAGAGACUAAUCCAGAAGAUGCCGAGGCUCGGGCUGUAGAAGGCGGCAGUUCUCGAGUUGGCUAUGGUGAGAGGCAAGGGCUUAGGGAAUUGGCGGCAGAGAGCGAGGAGAAAGAUAAGAAGAAGAAGAAGGAGAAGAAGGAUGAAAGGAAACGAAAAGGGGAAGUUGGAACGGACGAGAAAGGCCGGCGUGAUGACCCGGAAUAUCUGGAAAAGAAGCGCCUGAAGAAGGAGAAGAAGCGGAGGGAGAAGGAGCUGGCGAAGGCUGGGGCCAAAGAAGGGCGGCCGCCUGUCGAAGUAGAGAGCAGCCUGGGGAAAAUUACAAGGUCGGAGGAACAAUUAUUAUCCUCAGCAGAUGUGAGGAACUUGGAAGGGACAGUUCAGCCCAAGCCGAGUGAACCUAAGAGUAUGCAGGCCAGCAUAGGAACGAAGGUUAGGAUCAAGCUCAAGAGGCCCAGUGGCAGCGGCUUGUAG